AUGGUGGGGGUCCUAGCCAUGGCGGCUGCAGCUGCUCCCCCGCCCGUGAAGGAUUACGAGAUUGAGAAACCCAGUAAUAUUCUGGAUUAUUUUAGAAAGACUUCACCUGCAAAGGAGAAGACAAAAUCAAUGAGAGAGUGCAAGAUAAAAUCGUCUGUAUCAUUGCCCAUUGACAGUAGCAAAGACUGUAAGGCACCUUUGGAAAUGUUCUCAAAUAAAGAGUUUAAGAAGAAAGGAAAGAGGGUUAAUUUAUCUCAUCAACUAAAUAAUAUUAAAACUGAAAAUGAAUCUCCAGUUGAAAUUAAUAGUGAUGAUAGCAAAGAAGACUCUAGUUUAAAUAAUGAUUUUGUGGAAAGUAGUACUUCUGUUUCACUUUACAGGAAACAUGUAGAGGUACUUGCAGAAAGCAUCCAGGAUAUAAAAAAUCAGUCAAGUACUAUGACCUCAAAGAAAAAUUCUAAAAAAGUAAAUCCUCAACAAGGGACCACGAAAAAUGAUUGCAAAAAGUUGAGAAAAAGGAAGCGCAGAGAUGUAAUAGAUCUAUCUGAAAGUUUACCCUUGGCGGAGGAACUAAAUCUGCUUAAAAAAGAUGGUGAAGAUAGUAAACAGAUAAUGCCUUUCCUGACUAAUGAAAUUGAGACUACUACAAAUGAUGUAAACUCUAGAGAUAAUGUAACUAAAAUAGUCCAGUUAAAUGAUAGUACAAUUACUGUAUCAUAUGAGGAAUUUUUAAAAAGUCACAGGGAAAAUAAAGGGGAAAAGAUACCAGACUCAACAAUGUCAAUUUGUGUACCUUCUGAAACUGUUGAAGAAAUAGUCAAAAGUGGUUAUAUAAGUGAUACAGAAAACUGUGAAAUUUCCCAGCAGGUACGCGUUAAGACAGUUACUGUUCUUGCACAAGUUCACCCUAUUCCCCCCAAAAAGAUGGGAAAAAUACCUCAAAUUUUCUUGAAACAAAAGCAACUUGAAAUGGAAAAUAGUCUAUCUGAUCCUGAGAAUGAACAGGCAAUUCAGAAAAGAAAAUCUAAUGUUGUUAUCCAGGAGGAAGAAUUAGAAUUGGCAGUGUUGGAAGCCGGAAGUUCUGAAGCAGUGAAACCAAAAUGUACUCUAGAAGAAAGACAGCAAUUUAUGAAAGCAUUUAGGCAGCCAGCAUCAGAUGCACUUAAAAAUGGAGUUAAAAAGUCUUCUGAUAAGCAGAAAGACCUUAAUGAAAAAUCUCUAAAUGAGGAAGGAAGAGGUAAUAAUUCUAAAAAAAUCAUGGAAAAUCCUGGUAUUCAAAUGAUUUCAAAUAAUGACAAUUCACAAUCACACACUGAUAAAGGAAGUUUUCCUAAGACAAAAAGUAAAAAACUAAAGAAAAAGGGUAAGAAAACAUUAGAUACUGGGGCUAUUCCAGGUGAAAACCUAGAAGGAAAUACUCAAAAGAAAGAAACAACCUUUUCCUUAAAAGAUAAACAAAAUCAAAACAGGAUAAGAAUGAGUUUACGACAAAAGACAGAAGUUUUCAAAAGCAACUCUUUAUUUAACAGUGAAAAUCUUGUUUGUGUAGCAAGUGAUGACCCUUUAAAGAUUUCCUGUUUCUGUAACAAUAAAUCAUCAAGAAAAACCAGCACACCAGUUAAAGAUGAUAAGGUUAUGUGUUCUAAAGCUGAACCUGAAGACAGCUUGGUAAUAGUUUCCACACCCAAAUCAGCCAGAAGGUCUGUAAGAAGUAGAAGCAUGCCUACUCCAGUAACCAUUAGAGAUAUUGAUUCCGAAGAUGCACGAGAUAAUAGUCCAGUAAAGGCUUCCACUCCAAAAGCAGCCAGCUUAUCAGAAAAGCAUAGCUUAUAUACAGCGGAAUUAAUAACAGUACCCUCUGAUUCAGAGAGCCCUAUUAGCAAUGCUUCAAAAAAUAUAUCAAAAGCAAAACAAUUGAUUGAAAAAGCAAAAGCUUUACACAUCAGUAGGUCAAAGGCCACUGAAGAAACAGCGAUACCCUUAAGGCGUUCCUCCAGACAUCAGACACUUCCUGAAACGAAGAAAUUGUCAGAAAUGGAAGUAAGUAUUACCAGAUAUCUAUUGGUAGAAAUUCUUCAAGAUACAUCUGAAAAAUCUCAGGAUUGCAACAUACAAUUUAAAGCAAAACGUGACUUCCUAAUGAGUGGCUUACCAGAUUUAUUGAAACGCCAAAUUGCAAAGAAAGCUGCUGCAUUGGAUGUAUACAGUGCAGUGAGUGCCAGUUUCCAGAGAGUUGUUCAUGUACAACAAAAGGAUUUAGGGUGCCAUUUGUGGCAUUUGAAACCACCUUCUUGUCCUCUCUUAACUACAUUUAAAGAACUCAGUACUAAAGUAAUAGAUCUUUCAAAAUGUGUUAUUGCUCUUGGUGAAUUUUCAACAGUGAAUUCAAAUUCAAAAAGCAAAAAUUCUGCAGGUGUGUUUAUGACGACACGUAAAGAUUUUACUGAAGAAGUAAGAAAUCUUUUGCUGGAGGAAAUUAGGUUGUCAAAUCCUGAAUUUUCUUUGAGAAAAUAUUUUCCCUUUCUUCUAAAAAAACGAAUUGAGCAUCAGGUACUUUCUGAGUGCCAUGGGAAGCAAGAAAGUCCACAGCAAGAGCCUGAUGUCAAUCAAAAAGAAACCAAAAGGAAACGAGUGGAAACAGGAAAUCAUAAGUCAAAAAGAAAGAAACCAAAUGAAAAUUCAGAAAGUCCAGAAAAGAUAAAUCGGAAGCCAGAAGAACUUGACAAAAGAAACAACUCUUCUGUCAUCGAGAUAGAUUCUUCCAAAGGUAUAUUUUCAAAAAGAUCCCAGAAGAAACAAACUGCUUUGAAUCCACAUGAAGUGGAAACAGAAGCAGAAGAUUUUGAUGUUCUGAUAACAGACAAUGACAAAGAAUUCAUUUGGAGAGAAAAAUAUCAACCUCAAACUGCCAAUGAAUUCAUAGGCAAUGAGUUAGCUAUAAAAAAGUUACACAGCUGGUUGAAAGACUGGAAAAGAAGAGCUGAAUUGGAAGAAAGACAAAAUUUGAAGGGAAAAAGAGAUGAGAAACAGGAAGAUUUGUCGGCUAGCAUAGACUUUAAAGACAGUUCAGAUGAUGAAGAAGAGAGUCGCCUUUGCAAUACUGUUCUUAUAACAGGGCCCACAGGAGUGGGAAAAACUGCUGCAGUGUAUGCUUGUGCUCAGGAGCUUGGAUUUAAGAUAUUUGAAGUGAAUGCCUCUUCCCAGCGCAGUGGCAGACAAAUUCUAUCCCAACUGAAGGAAGCUACUCAGUCCCAUCAAGUAGACAAGCAAGGUGUAAACUCACAAAAACCUUGUUUUUUUAAUAGCUACAACAUAGGCAAGUCACCAAGUAAGUAAAUUAUUUUCCCUAAGCCAUCACCUUUUGAAAAAAAUAGUGGACCAAAGCGUGUACUUCCCCCUAAAACGCUGGCAAAUUAUUUUAAAGUAUCUUCCAAACCAAAAAAUAAUGGAGAAAUAGAAGCACUUCUAGAAAAUAAUAAAGGUAAGACAUUAAGAGUCAAACAAAUUACUGAGACUAAAUCUACAAGUGCAACUAAUUUAAAUGUCAAAGAAUUUGGAGCUGAGGAACCCGGCAGGAAAAAUGCAACAUCUCUUAUUCUUUUUGAGGAGGUUGAUGUAAUUUUUGAUGAAGAUGCUGGGUUUUUGAAUGCAAUCAAAACAUUCAUGGCAACAACUAAACGACCUGUAAUCCUUACUACAAGUGGAGGAAAUAGCAGAAAUGUACAACUAGUUUCCUCUGAAGAUGGCCCUGAUUCCAAAAAUAACCCUAAAAAUACUAAAAGGAAUCGUGCAGAUGUUCCCAAAUGUGACACUGGGUGUGUUGAGACCUUGUUUGGCCUUAAGAAUAUUUUUUCCCCUUCUGAAGACUUAUUUUCAUUUUUAAAGCACAAAAUCACAACAAAGGAAGAAUGGCAUAAACUCAUCCAGCUUCUUACAGAAUUCCAAAUGCAGAAUGUAGAUUUUUUAUACAGUAAUCUUGAACUCAUUCUACCAUUACCAGUUGAUAUUAUUCCAGAAACGAAAAGUCUUUGUGGCUCAUCAGUAACUGUGGAUACCAGUGCAGCAACAAAAAGUAUGAAAUGUCUUGCUAGGAAACAUUCUGGAGAGCAGCCAUUGAAAAAGUCAAAAAAGAAGAAAAAAAAGAAAAAGAUGGUAGUAUUAGAUGAUAGUGACUUAUUUGACACUGAAUUGGUCUUUCCUGAUGAAUUUGUUAGCCAAUCCCCUGUGUCUUCUUCCUCAAAUUCAGAAGAAAGCAAAGCCAGAGACAAAGAAUGCAAUCCAGAGACAAGGAAACAAAACAAAUGUUUAGAGUCCAACAUUGAAUCUAUUUCUCAUUCUCCUAAAACAUCAGCAGAAAAAAAACGUUCUGCCCUUGUUGCUCAUUGUUUAAAUUCUCUCACUGAGUUCAUGGAUAACAUGUCCUUCUUAGAUGCCCUUUUAACUGGCGUAAAGGAACAAAAGGAAUUUGGUAAAAAUGACUUUAGCUGGACAAAUGGAAAGGUUAAAAGUGGACUUUGUGAUGAGUUUAGUCUUGAAAGUAAUGAUGGAUGGACUUCUCAAAGCUCUGGAGAAUUAAAGGCAGCUGCAGAAGCUCUCAGCUUCACUAAAUGUUCUUCUACUAUUUCAAAAGCAUUGGAAACCUUGAGCUCUUGCAAGAAAUUAGGAAGAGAUCCAACCAACGAUCUUACUUUUUAUGUUUCACAAAAGCACAAUAAUGUAUACUUUAAUCAGACAGCAGCUAAUUUAGAUCAUGCUUGGAAGAGGAUAGCAGUCAUUAAAAGUGUAUUUUCUAGUCGAUCUCUUCUGAACCUGGGUAACAGACAAGCUAGUAUUAUUGAAUACUUGCCAACUCUUCGAAACAUUUGUAGAUCUGAGAAACUAAAAGAACAAGGAAAAAGUAAAAGAAGGUUCCUACACUACUUUGAAGGGAUUCAUCUUGACAUCCCGAAACAGACUGUGAAUACUUUGGCAGCUGACUUCCCUUAA